GUGUGUGUGUGUGUGUGUGUGUGUGUGUGUGUGUGUGUGUGUGUGUGUGUGUGACAAUCACUGUUUCCAUGUGCUGAGGUGGGAGCGUGAACAGUAUGAUUCAGUUUGACAAGAGUUUCUCAGAAAGGUCCCGUUCACCAGCUAACUACCUGGCAGUCACGGAAUCAAUCUACAGUUCACUAUUCAGAAUGCCUGGCAACUAGCUGUACUUCUGCUUUAUCUGACGGGCUAUUUUGACACCCUGAGAUAAGACAGCUCACAUUCAUGUCGAGCUGCUAUCGAACAUGAGCAGAUUGUUCAGGGUUGUUUUUACAGAAUCAACUCAUUAUAAAUUCCAGGAGAUUAAAUCAAAAACAAACACACUAAAGGUUAAAAGCUUACGUUUAAACAAAAUGUCCAAUCUUUUAUUUGUAGAUGUUAAACUAAAAUAUCCACACACAUUAUCUCACAGUGAAGUGGGAUUAUUUUUCUGUCGUUACAGUGUCUGUUUAGAUUGUGGAUGUUUAUUUUUGUUGUUGUGUUAUUGUACCUUUAUUUAACCAGGCAAGUCAGUUAGGAACAAAUUCUUAUUUACAACCACGGCCUAUGUUUUCCUCUGUCGUGUGAGAGAGGUGGAAAUACUCUCACCGAUUUACAAUUCGCGUCGACAACAAAACGAGCUUUGCUGGGGAAUAAUGGCUGUUUGAUGUUAAUGCCCUGAAAGAAAGAUUACCCAUAAUACCCCGUUUUAAUACCGGUAUCUUUUAUUGCAUUAAGGUACCGUACUGUUUUGCCAGAUCAAACUAAUCUUUUGUUUGGAGAUAAUGUCUCAGAGUUUUAACCCCGAAUUAAGAACACAUUUAUAUUUCGCAAAAAAAUAGUUUUUAAUAAGUCAUCUAUCCGCAAAGAGGGGAAGAGAGAAAAGAUAACAACACCAGACUAUGUGGAAUUAAAAACGUAAAGGAUUACAUGUAAAAGCAGAACGUUUGGAGAUAAAUGCAGGGAUUACAAUGACUUAGAAAACGUCUGGUUAAAAGUCUGCUUUCCAGUAAUGUACUCUAUCAGUGGAUAAGGAGGCAGGAAAGGGCGAGCUGUGCCGGUUUGAGUGUGUGUAGACGGUGUAGUGUGUAUUUAUGAGUGUGAGGCUCUCUACAGUGUGUGUGUCUGUGUGUGUGUGAGAGAGAGAGAGUUGUGCAUUCGUCUCUUCAACGCAAAGGGAGCGAGAGUGCAGUGUGUGUGUGUGUGUGUGUGUGUGUGUGUGUGUGUGUGUGUGCGAGACAUACUAUCGUCGGUCCGGAUGCUUUCUGUUCCUGCAUCUCUGAUGUCUUCCAAGCGACCAAUCUCUCCAUAUGGGGGGACAGAUGGAGAGGUAGUCAUGGCAACCAGCAGACAGAGACUGGAAGAGGAAGAGAGAGAUGACGGACAGGCUGUCAUGCACCUCCCCCUGACUCCCUACUGCAGCAAGGUGUCCCCCCUCUCGCCCCGCCCCCUGGACAGCCCCCCCACCCUGCACAGUGCCAUGGACCAGGAUGGCAGUAAGCAUUGGUCUCUGAGCCCCUACCCCCAGCACAACUCCUCUACCUCUCCAGGCAGUAAGCAGCAGGUGGAGGAGGGUGGUUCAGGGGCCGCAGCGCUGGGGACCCCAGAGAGACGUAAGGGCAGCCUGGCUGACGUGGUGGACACACUGAAACAGAGGAAGAUGGAGGAGCUCAUCAAAAACGAACCAGAAGGUCAGUCACCAUCUACAAAGAUGUACUGUUCUGUAUUGCUUUCUCUUUUCUCCAUAUCACUCUCUAUCGCUAUCUCUCUCACUCUAUCACUAUCUCUCUCUAUCACUAUCUCCCUCUCGCUCUAUCACUCUCUAUCACUAUCUCUCUCACUCUAUCACUAUCUCUCUCUAUCACUAUCUCCCUCUCGCCCUAUCACGCUCUAUCGCUAUCUCUCUCACUCUAUCGCUAUCUCUCUCACUCUCUAUCACUAUCUCCCCCUCGCUCUAUCACUAUCAAUCCCUAUCUCUCUCUAUCACUAUCUCUCUAUUACUCUCUCUCUCUCUCUAUCACUAUCUCUCUAUCACUCUAUAUCACUAUCUCCCCCUCGCUCUAUCACUAUCAAUCCCUAUCUCUCUCUAUCACUAUCUCUCUAUUACUCUCUCUCUCUCUCUCUCUAUCACUAUCUCUCUAUCACUCUAUAUCACUAUCUCCCCCUCGUUCUAUCACUCACUAUCACUAUCAAUCACUAACUCUCUCUAUCACUAUCUCUCUAUCACUCUCUCUCUCUAUCACUCUCCCUCUCUAUCACUCUCUCUCUCUCUAUCACUCUCUCUCUCUAUCACUCUCUCUCUCUAUCACUCUCUCUCUAUCACUCUCUCUCUCUCUUUCUCUAUCACUCAAUUUCAAUUUCAAUGUAAGGGCUUUAUUGGCAUGGGAAACAAAUGUUUGCAUUGCCAAAGCAAGUGAAAUAGAUAAUAAACACUUAGUGAAAUAAACAAUAAAAAAUUAACAGUAAACAUUACACUUACAAAAGUUCCAAAAUACCAAAAUAACAUGUACUGUACACACACACACACACACACACACACACACACACACACACACACACACACACACACACACACACACACACACACACACACACACACACACACACACACACACACACACACACACACACACACCUAUGCUCUCUCUCUCUCACGCUAUCUCUCGCUAUCUAUCUUUAACGAUCACUCUAUGUUUCUCUCUCUCGUUCUCUGUCUUUCGUUUUGUCUCUCACUUUAGCCUUUUGUAGCAAGUGAUAGUGCCAGGCCUCCCUCCCUCACUUGCUCCAUCCUAACGAACACAUUCUGUAACGAGCCUGGCGACAGGGUGUGUGUGUGUGUGUGUGUGUGUGUGUGUGUGUGUGUGUGUGUGUGUGUGUGUGUGUGUGUGUGUGUGUGUGUGUGUGUGUGUGUGUGUGUGUGUGUGUGUGUGUGUGUGUGUGUGUGUGUGUGUGUGUGUGUGUGUGUGACAGAGAGAGUCAGCCCUUUGUUUCAGAGCAGACAGCAUCAGCUGUCCAGAGCCAUUGUUUAUCAACCACUUUGCAUUUUUAUUACAAGCUGAUAGUACUUGAACCAUCAGGCUUUUACUGCUCUAUCUCUCUCUCUCUUUCUCUUUCUCUCUCUCUCUCUCUCUCUCUCUCUCUCUCUCUCUCUCUCUCUCUCUCUCUCUCUCUCUCACACUCUCUCUCACACUUACUCUCUAUCUAUCUUUCUCUCUCUCUCUAUCAAUUCAAUUCAAUUCAAUUCAAGGGGCUUUAUUGGCAUGGGAAACAUGUGUUAACAUUGCCAAAGCAAGUGAGGUAGAUAUUAUACAAAAGUGAAAUAAACAAUACAAAUUAACAGUAAACAUUACACAUACAGAAGUUUCAAAACAAUAAAGACAUUACAAAUGUAUAUUAUAUAUAUACAGUGUUGUAACAAUGUACAAAUGGUUAAUUAAAGCACACAAGUUAAAAAUAAAUAAGCAUAAAUAUGGGUUGUAUUUACAAUGGUGUUUGUUCUUCACUGGUUGCCCUUUUCUUGUGGCAACAGGUCACAAAUCUUGCUGCUGUGAUGGCACACUGUGGAAUUUCACCCAGUAGAUAUGGGAGUUUAUCAAAAUUUGAUUUGUUUUCAAAUUCUUUGUGGAUCUGUGUAAUCUGAGGGAAAUAUGUCUCUCUAAUAUGGUUAUACAUUGGGCAGGAGGUUCAAAAGUGCAGCUCAGUUUCCACCUCAUUUUGUGGGCAGUGUGCACAUAGCCUGUCUUCUCUUGAGAGCCAUGUCUGCCUACGGCGGCCUUUCUCAAUAGCAAGGCUAUGCUCACUGAGUCUGUACAUAGUCAAAGCUUUCCUUAAGUUUGGGUCAGUCACAGUGGUCAGGUAUUCUGCCACUGUGUACUCUCUGUUUAGGGCCAAAUAGCAUUCUAGUUUGCUCUGUUUUUUUGUUAAUUCUUUCCAAUGUGUCAAGUAAUUAUCUUUUUGUUUUCUCAUGAUUUGGUUGGGUCUAAUUGUGCUGUUGUCCUGGGGCUCUGUGGGGUGUGUUUGUGUUUGUGAACAGAGCCCUAGGACCAGCUUGCUUAGGGGACUCUUCUCCAGGUUCAUCUCUCUGUAGGUGAUGGCUUUGUUAUGGAAGGUUUGGGAAUCGCUUCCUUUUAGGUGGUUGUAGAAUUUAACGGCUCUUUUCUGGAUUUUGAUAAUUAGUGGGUAUCGGCCUGAUUCUGCUCUGCAUGCAUUAUUUGGUGUUCUACGUUGUACACGGAGGAUAUUUUUGCAAAAUUCUGCAUGCAGAGUCUCAAUUUGGUGUUUGUCCCAUUUUGUGAAAUCUUGGUUGGUGAGCGGACCCCAGACCUCACAACCAUAAAGGGCAAUGGGCUCUAUGACUGAUUCAAGUAUUUUUAGCCAGAUCCUAAUUGGUAUGUUGAAAUUUAUGUUCCUUUUGAUUGCAUAGAAUGCCCUUCUUGCCUUGUCUCUCAGAUCGUUCACAGCUUUGUGGAAGUUACCUGUGGCGCUGAUGUUUAGGCCGAGGUAUGUAUAGUUUUUCGUGUGCUCUAGCGCAACAGUGUCUAGAUGGAAUUUGUGGUCCAGGCGAUUGGACCUUUUUUGGAACACCAUUAUUUUGGUCUUACUGAGAUUUACUGUCAGGGCCCAGGACGGGCAGAAUCUGUGCAGAAGAUCUAGGUGCUGCUGUAGGCCCUCCUUGGUUGGUGACAGAAGCACCAGAUCAUCAGCAAACAGUAGACAUUUGACUUCGGAUUCUAGUAGGGUGAGGCCGGGUGCUGCAGACUGUUCUAGUGCCCGCGCCAAUUCGUUGAUAUAUAUGUUGAAGAGGGUGGGGCUUAAGCUGCAUCUCUGUCUCACCCCACGACCCUGUGUGAAGAAUUGUGUGUGUUUUUUGCCAAUUUUAACCGCACACUUGUUGUUUGUGUACAUGGAUUUUAUAAUGUCGUAUGUUUUACCCCCAACACCACUUUCCAUCAAUUUGUAUAGCGGACCCUCAUGCCAAAUUGAGUCGAAGGCUUUUUUGAAAUCAACAAAGCAUGAGAAGACUUUGCCUUUGUUUUGGUUUGUUUGGUUGUCAAUUAGGGUGUGUAGGGUGAAUAUGUGGUCUGUUGUACGGUAAUUUGGUAAAAAGCCAAUUUGACAUUUGCUCAGUACAUUGUUUUCAUUGAGGAAAUGUACGAGUCUGCUGUUAAAUAUAAUGCAGAGUAUUUUCCCAAGGUUGCUGUUGACGCAUAUUCCACGGUAGUUAUUGGGGUCAAAUUUGUCUCCUUUUGUGGAUUGGGGUGAUCUGUCCUUGGUUCCAAAUAUUGGGGAAGAUGCCAGAGCUAAGGACGAUGUUAAAGAGUUUUAGUAUAGCCAAUUGGAAUUUGUUGUCUGUAUAUUUGAUCAUUUCAUUAAGGAUACCAUCAACACCACAGGCCUUUUUGGGUUGGAGGGUUUUUAUUUUGUCCUGUAACUCAUUCAAGGUAAUUGGAGAAUCCAGUGGGUUCUGGUAGUCUUUAAUAGUUGAUUCUAGGAUUUGUAUUUGAUCAUGUAUAUGUUUUUGCUCUAUCUAUCUAUCUAUCUAUCUAUCUCUCUAUCUAUCUAUUUUUGUCUCUGUGUGCUUGUGUGUGUGUUAACGUGGUGUGUGCGUGUGGGUGUGUGUGUGUAUCCAGCUGCUAUAUGCGUGUGUGGACACCUUGACUUUGCUCAAACACAACAGUCUUACAGUGGAUCCCUAAGUCCAACAGACCUAGGCCAGGACAACAAAGCCAGCAGUGUGUGCAUGCUUGCAUGUGUGUUGAUGUGUGUGUGUGUGUGUGUGUGUGUGUGUGUGUGUGUGUGUGUGUGUGUGUGUGUGUGUGUGUGUGUGUGUGUGUGUGUUUGUGUGUGUACAGUACAACUAUAAAUACAGUACAGUAUUUAUAGUACAUAUAACAGACCGCCACACUGCACGGAGCUGUGUAGACCAGUCAGUACACCAGAAGCUAAACAAAGUAAUUUGCAUUUAUUCAAAUUGUGGCCGUGGGUUAUUAUUAGGACUAAUGUUUAUUUUCCAAUUUCUGCUGUUUAAAUAAUGCACCAUUCUACCUGUGGCCGUUUUGGCUCUGCACUGAGCCCCACAGUCCAGUUCCACUUCACAGAGGGCCCAACAAGUGCUGGGGGCGUGUGGGUUUUCGCGCUUGUGUGAGAGACAGAGACGUAUGGUUUUGCCAGUUAUACUCAGGUACGGCUGUUCCAGUUGAUAUGUGGAGUCAAAUAGGUUGUUUUGAGUUGGGUGGAAAAGACCGGCAAUUGUUUGGAGAGAUUCUGAGGAGUAUGCUCUUGGCUAGACGGUGUGGGAGCUGUGAACAUUUUUGAGUCCUGUUGUUGGAUUGGGUUUAUUGUAGAGAAUAACUCUACUAUGCUUUAACCCCAAUAAUGACUGACUGUCUGUGAGUCAGGCAGUACAGAUACAAACCAAGACAUACACACACGCACACAGUUUGAAAGCAGUGGCAGUAGCUUCACACACUCCCUUAGCAGGGCCACAGAGUCACAUCAGAAUGGGUAGUGCCAUUAUCUCCCCGACCGUUGCCGUUAAAAUGAAACAUGCUAACAAAAGGCCUCAGCGCCUCGAGAGGACACACACACACACAAAACAGCCAGAACAGAAAGGCAGAAAGAGGGGAGGAAAGAAAAGGGGGGAGAUGAAGAGCGAGAGUGGAGACAGAGAGAGAGAGAGAGAGACCCUACUAUAUAAAAAUCCAUUCCAUCCUUCUCUCUCUCUCUCUUUCUCUUUCUCUUUCUCUCUCUCUCUCUCUCUCUCUCUCUCUCUCUCUCUCUCUCUCUCUCUCUCUCUCUCUCUCUCUCUCUCUCUCUCUCUCUCUCUCUCUCUCUCCCUCUCUCUCUCUCUCUCUCUCUCUCUCUCUCUCUCUCUCUCUCUCUCUCUCUCUCUCUCUCUCUCUCUCUCCUGGCUUCUCAUUGUUUUGUUGUGUUCUCCACAAAGCCCAUUAGCGGCAAACGGCAGGUUGGGAUGAAACAUUAAUGAAGGCUUUAAUCAUUAUGAAAGGCCUGUAUUAAUACUGCUGCACUCCCCCUGUCACACACUGCCUGCCUCCAGCUGGAUCAAUGGCACACGCACACAGGGACGCGGGCGAGCACACACGCACACAUACGCAUGGGCGCACGUACACACACACACAGGCUUGCAAACAAACACAUGUUAGCACACACUCACACUCACACUCAUACACACACUCACCCCGGCACAUGUGCUGUGAAGAAAGGGAUGUGAGAGAAGGACUAAAGAGAUGAAAUGGGUCAGAAAACAAUAAACACCUGAAAAACAGGACUAGAAAGGGGAAAAGAGAAGAGGAGAGAGAGAGAGAUGCUGGCUUUUUAUAACCAGGCCUUGAGCUAGACACUAGCCAUGUUCUCUUAGACACUCGCCUUAUGUAAAACCAGUGUCACACACACACACACUGGUCCAGGGUUGAGGCAGAAGUUACAAAGACAUAGUUUUUAUCAGUGGGACCAGUGCUGCUCUACUUAGUGGCUAGAUAAAUGUGGCGUGGUGCAGAGACACGCUGGUGUGUGUGUAAGAUACUGGGUCAGUACAGACUGCCUCAUCUCCCCUGUGUGUGUGUGUGUGUGUGUGUGUGUGUGUGUGUGUGUGUGUGUGUGUGUGUGUGUGUGUGUGUGUGUGUGUGUGUGUGUGUGUGUGU